AUAUAAUCAAAUAUUCAAUUGAAUAAGGUUGUUGAUUGGUUGGCAGUGAACCUACAUAUCACUAAAAUCAUUAAUACGAAUAAGACACACAUAGACAAACUCAGUUGACUUGACCCAAAGUCUUCCCAAGAAAAUAAUAAUAAAUAUUAAUUUGACUCUGGGCUUCUUUCAAUCACCCUCUUUUUCCUAUUAAUUAAAAUAUGAAUAAGACACACGUAGACAAAAUGUUCAAGACAACAGAUAAAGAAUUCCAAGUUGAAGUGAAUGUUAUAGGCCAAACUCACCACAAGAAUCUUGUUGGGUUGAAUGGAUAUUGUGAUGAGAAUAAUCAUAGGUUGCUUGUGUAUGAGUUCAUGAGUAAUGUCACUUUAGCAAUCUUUUUUGUUUGAGGGUCUUAAACCAAGUUGAAAUCAAAGGACUCUAAUUGCUGUUGGCAUUGCAUACAACACUCUGAUCAAAGCCAAUUUAAUACUAAGACUAUGAUUAGAGGAAUCUUGUUGAUUUACCAACAAAUGUUAUUGGCGAAUCUUGUUGGGUUAAUUGGAUAUUGUGAUGAGAAUAAUCAUAGGUUUCUUGUGUAUGAGUCAUGAGUAAUGGCACUUUAGUAAGCUUUUUCUUUGAGGGUCUUGAACCAAAGGACUCAAAUUGCUGUUGGAUUGGUAGAGGACUAUUUUACUUGCAUAUAUGGAUUGCAUACAACACUUAGAUCAUCCACUGUGACAUAAAAGGAAUAAAAGGGUACAUAGUUCUGGUGUGGUACUGCUUGGAAAUUGUUUGUUGUCAAAGAAACUUGGAUAUGGAAAAAGAUUUAAUCGAUUGAGCUUAUGAAUGGUACAUUAAUGAUGGGAAUGUUGAAGCUCUAGUUGAAAAUGAUAUUGAGGCUAUCUAUGAGUAUGAGUGACAUGAAAAUGGUGGAGUGGUUUGUGAUAGUUUCCAUUUUCGAGAUAUAUUAUUUAUUUGCCUAAGUGAACUUUAAAAUUUGAACUUCAAGGCAAUUGAGCUGAAAUUCUAGUUAAUAUUGCAAGUGAGAUUUCGUGAGUAGUAGCAAAGCAGUGUAGAUGGUAAUGAUGACUUAGCUUGUUCGUUGUGUGUUUGUUUUUGUUUGUUUAACUUAGUCUUUACUCGAGGGCGGGUAAAGGUUAAGUUUGGGAAAAUUUGUUAUGUUUAUUUUAAGGUUGUUUUUUAGUUUAUUUUUAUUGUUUUUAUGUUUUAUUGCCCGGGUUUACGAUUGUUUUUGUUUUUAUGUUAAUUUCAGGUUUGAGAUGUAGACAAUUUUGCUUUUUGGUGAAAACUUUGUCUUUUUGGUGAUGAAAUUAUCAAGAUCGAAUAUCUUAGCUUGGUACAUGUCGAAGACCUUCCCAUGAAGGUCACGACCCUCCAAAAGUUACAGAAGCAUUUUUUAGAGACAAUCCAAGAGCUGCGACCUUCACCUGAGAGUCGUGGCCCUUGAGAAAAUUAAAAAAAAUCUGUCUCUGUAAGAAAAAACUUUUAUGAGAAUAGUCAACUGAGAAUAGUCAAAGGAGCUUGUCUUAUGUUAUGAGAAUAGUCAACUGAUAUUGUUUCAAAGGUCUAAUUUUUAUAUUAUUCAAUUGAACGGGUCAUAUGAGUUUGACUGUAGCUGGUAUUCACAACAAUCAACAACAUUAUUCAAUUAAAAAAAAUUAAUCUCUUCAAUUAUUUGGGGAGUGGAGUGUAAACGUGUAACUACAAAAUUUUACUAAAACGACAAUGAAUGGUGAAAAAUUGAAAAUGACAAUAUUCAAGCUUAUUAUUACCCCCAAAAAUUAAACAGGAGUUAAAGUUAAGUAUUUAUACCGUAAAUUACUCUUAUCUAAAUAUAUAAAUUGUGCUUUUUCUUCUGAUUCUUAGAAUUUCUUUUGGAUAUAUAUAAAGUUGGAAAAAGAGUUUACCAAAAUAUGAUCAUAUGCAAAGCAUUGAUUUCAAUAUCGACUAAACCUGAGAUCAGUAAAGAAAAUAAUACUAACCCUUUGCUUAUUUAUAGAACUCAUUAGUUUUAUGUGUAAAAUAGAACUGCUUUUAGAAAAAAUCAAGCAGCCAUUGUUGAAUCGAGAUUGAGAGCAUGGGUAGUUUCUUGGUUGCUGACAAUUGUUGAACAAUCUAAUCAAACCCACAAAUGGAAUUUUGGAAUUUAUUCUUAUAUAUACCAAAUAUUUUUUUAUUUGGUAAAAGUAACCAUUUUUUUUUAAUUAAUUUUGACACGUGUACACGGUUACUGUUUUUGAGAGUGGUUUGAGUGUUAAACACGAUACCAUUUCUCUGUCAAGCCAUCACUCUAUCACUUCCAUUUUCUUUUCUUUUUUAUCUUCAUUUCCUCUCAUUUCAGCAAAGUUUUAGGGUUUCUCUUUGUUAGGGUUUCGCAUUUUUAGUUUGUUUAUGGUGCGUACAAGGAGUUCAAUGUCUCCAUCACCAGAUGUGUCUCGUUCGAAGAAGAAGCUGGAAAAAACAGAGGAAGUUGCUACGAAAAAAAAUGGCUGGAUCUAGUGUGAAGGUUGUUGAUUCUGAUAAGGAGAAGAAAAAUAAGAAUGUUUCCAUUUCGAAGAGGAGUGGUGUAUCUGAGGAUUCUUCUGACAAUCGGUGCUCUAAGAAGUUAAAGAGUGUUGUUGAAAAUGACGAUGAUUUUGAUUCAGAAUGUGAUGAAGCCCCUAUUGUGUUGCCAAAAAAAUUGAAGAAACUCAAGUGUAAAAAAAGCCAUGGCUUUAUCACUAACACCACCAUAUAUUAUCUACUUGUUUCUUCUUCUCAUGAUGUUGCUAUGUUCCUCCAAUGCCCAAACUGAAAAGAACAUAUCUUUAGGCUCAUUUCUUACUGCAGCUAAUAAGAACAUGUUUUGGGAAUCACCAUCUGGUGAUUUUGCUUUUGGUUACCGGAAAAUUGGGAAAGGUGGCUUCCUAUUAGGCAUUUGGUUCAAUAAAAUACCUGAGAAAACUAUUGUCUGGUCAGCCAACAGAGAAAAUCUUGUGCAAGAAGGAUCAAAAGCCGAGUUGACACAACUUGGGCUUGUUCUCAAAGACCCCAAAGGUAAUCAGAUUUGGAGCUCUGGUAUUUCAGGAACUGAUCUUGCUUAUGGAGCAAUGCUUGACACAGGAAACUUUGUCUUGGCAAACAAAAACUCUGUCCAUUUGUUUGAGAGUUUUACUGAGCCAACAGACACAUUGUUGGCCGGGCAAACUUUGAGUCAAAACAAGAAGCUUGUAGCUCGCUAUUCGGAAACAAAUUAUUCAAGUGGAAGAUAUCAUUUCAUACUACAAUUAGAUGGAAAUCUGGUACUUUACCCAAGAGCUUUCCCACUUGACAAUGUCCACAAGGCUUAUUGGGCUAGCAACACUGUAAACAGAGGCUUUCAACUCAUCUUCAAUCAAUCAGGCUAUAUAUACCUUGAAGCAAAGAAUGGUACCAUACUAAACAUGUUAUCAUCAAAUAGCACCGCAGCAACAAAUUUCUAUCAAAGGGCGAUUCUUGAAUAUGAUGGUGUUUUUAGGCAGUAUGUGUACCCGAAAAAGAAUGAUGGAAACUCUACUGGGUGGAGCAUGGCAUGGACUCAAUCAUCAACCUCCAUACCUUCCAAUAAAUGUCUGAGUUUUCUAGGAGAAAGAGGAAGUGGAGCUUGUGGAUACAACAGCUAUUGUGUGCUAGGAAUUGAUCAGAGACCACAUUGCCAUUGCCCAAAUGGUUACACUUUCAUUGAUUCAAAUGAUGAGAUGAAAGGCUGCAAACAGACAUUUGAAGCUCAAAGUUGUGAUGAAGACUCGGGAGAUGAUGAUAAUUUUGAUUUUAUUAGCAUGGAGAACACAGAUUGGCUUGAGAGUGAUUACGAGAAAUUUCAAACGGUGAAUGAGGACUUCUGUAGGAAGGCGUGCCUUGCUGAUUGUUUUUGUGUUCUUGCUUUUUUUAGAGACGGUGAGUGUUGGAAGAAGGGACACCCUCUCUCAAAUGGGAGGAUAGAUUCCAAUCUCGGUGGGAAAGCUCUUAUUAAAAUAAGAAAAGACAAUUCUACUUUGAAGACAGGAGGCACAAAUUCAAAUAAGAAAGAUCAAUCCACACUAGUUCUCAUUGGAUCAAUACUUUUAAGCAGCUCUGUUUUUAUGAAUGUCCUUUUACUUGGAGCAGCCAUCUUACUUUUUUAUCGCUUUCACCAUAAAGCAAGGGUGAGUAAGCUAGAUCAAUUCAUACCGGGAAUCAAUUUGCAUAAUUUCACUUAUGCAAAACUAGAAAAGGCCACCAAUGGUUUCAAGGAGCUACUAGGAAAGGGUGCUUUUGCCAGUGUCUUCAAAGGGGUUAUUUCAUUUGAUGACAAGCAAUGUUUGGUUGCUGUCAAGAAGUUGGAGCACAUGGUGAAAGAAAAUGACCAAGAAUUCAAGGCGGAAGUAACUGCUAUUGGUCGUACGAAUCAUAAGAAUUUGGUGCAGCUAAUUGGGUUCUGUAAUGAGGGGCAGCACCGGCUUCUUAUCUACGAAUAUAUGAGAAAUGGAUCAUUAGCGAGCUUUCUUUUUGAACCAUCAAAUAAGCCAAAGUGGUAUCAAAGAAUGAACAUUGCAUUGGGGAUUGCAAGAGGACUAUUUUACUUGCAUGAAGAAUGCAGCACCCAAAUCCUACAUUGUGAUAUCAAGCCUCAAAACAUCUUACUAGAUGACUCUUACACGGCAAGGAUUUCUGAUUUUGGACUAGCGAAGAUGUUGAAGACCGACCAGACUCGAACCACUACUGGUAUAAGAGGAACCAAAGGAUAUGUAGCUCCUGAAUGGUUUAGAAAUAUGCCUGUCACAGUCAAGGUGGAUGUAUACAGCUAUGGAAUCUUGUUGUUAGAGCUCAUUUGCUGCAGAAAGAAUGUUGAAGAAUAUGUAGAGGAUGAUGCCCAGAUGAUAUUGGGUGACUGGGCAUAUGAUUGCUAUGCAGGUGGGAAUCUUCAUUUUCUUGUUGAGAAUGAUGAUGAAGCAUCACAAGACAUGAAAAGGGUGGAGAAAUAUGUGAUGGUUGCAUUAUGGUGUAUCCAAGAGGAUCCAUCACUUAGACCCACAAUGAAGAAAGUUAUUCUCAUGCUUGAAGGAACUAUUGAAGUCUCAGUUCCUCCAGACCCAUCCUCAUUUAUAAGCUCAAUAUAGAUUCAAAAUUUUAUGCAAUAGUUCAUGUUCUCAAUUCAUAUAAUGUGUUAGUUUCAAUUUUUCUUUUUGUAUAAUUAUCCAUAAAUAAUUGAAAACAAUUUUGUUAUGCAAUCAGUC